AUGGUGGAAAAUACGUUUGUGGGGCAAGAAAUUUGUCAUUUUUAGCGAAAAUACUUCCGUUUAGUCAAUGGUUUAUGUCAGAACUCCAUACAUACGAUUUGUACAGAAGUAUUUCUUUGUGACUUGGUCAAAAAGAAAGAAAAUGGGAUGGAAAAAGAUCAUUUCUGUACUGAUAUUCACAUGCUCUUUGGGAGCACUUCUCUUUGUGUACUUGACUCGAUCAGAUUAUAUCUCGGUAAAUGAGAAUAUCACGGAAGUUCUUCCACAUACUGUCAUUCCUAUAUCAAAAGCCCUGAAAGCAUAUAAGAAUGGAAUGUUGCCAUAUAAUGAUUUUGAGGAGUCGGACAUAGCUCAUUCGUAUAAAGUGAAACUAGACGAAGAAGAUGUGAUAGUGUUUUUACAUGUUCAGAAGACUGGAGGUACAUCGUUCGGUCGACAUCUAGUCAAAAAUAUGGAUCUUGAAUCUCCAUGCAAAUGUUACAGGAAGAAAAAGCGCUGUGAUUGUUAUACAAAGAAAAAGACUAUAUGGUUAUUCAGCCGUUACUCUACUGGUUGGAUGUGUGGUCUUCAUGCAGAUUGGACAGAACUUACAACUUGUGUUGAAGCAGCAAUGAAUAAAAAAGAAAAGCUAAUUAGACCAAGAAGGUAUUACUAUAUAACCAUUUUAAGAGAUCCAGUGAAAAGAUAUUUGAGUGAAUGGAAACAUGUACAACGUGGUGCCACUUGGAAGACAGCUCGUCUUUUUUGCAAUGGGCGUAGUCCGACUUUGGAUGAAAUUGCGCCAUGUUACAAUGGCAGUGAUUGGACAGGUGUAACGCUAGAUGAAUUCCUUAAUUGUAAAGACAAUCUUGCCAGGAAUCGCCAGACUCGAAUGCUGGCUAACCUAACGAAAGUUAAUUGUUACAACACUAGUGCAAUGGAUAGUGAACGUCGGGACCAAAUUUUGUUAGAUAGUGCUAAAGAGAACUUACUAAAUAUGGCAUAUUUUGGUCUGACUGAAUUUCAAAAGUACACUCAGCAGUUGUUUGAAGUCACUUUUAAAUUAAAAUUUAAUACAGAAUUUUCACAGCUUCCAGUUACACAUAGUGAUAGAACGAAAAUUACUGAUGAGCAGAAAGCCAAAAUUUUAGAACAGAAUAAAUUAGAUAUUGAUUUAUACCAGUAUGCCAAAGAUCUGUUUUUACAGCGAGUUAGAAACAUGAAAAAAUCUCAGGGUGAUGAAACUGAGGUUGGAGACUAUGUAGACAAUAUUAAAGAUAGGUUUGAUGACUCUGUAGACAUUGAAGAUGAAGACGAAGAUGAUGAUGGUGGUUAUAUUUAGAAAAAAAAAGGUAGUUUAGCAGAACUUAAAAGCUCUAUGUUCUUAGACAAUAAGUCGAAUAAAAGUUGAAUUGGUUCAGUAUACACACUUCCAGUGGCAGUCACAAACAACUUUAAAUCUUACAAAGUAAUCAAUGAAAAACAAAAUGAUAUCGAAAAGAAACAAAACUUUGAUAUCUCGAUAACAUGAUAAGAUUGUAAUUUUUUAAAACUUGUUUUAGGUUUUCUUAUCUUACCAUUAUAAGUACAUUUGUGUACAGAACAGAGAAAUAUUGAAUAAUAAGACAGCUGAAAUUAGCAGAGAUGUCAUAGUUAAGUGGAAAUUUAAGCUUUGGUCACAUUACUUGUGUCAGGCUGUGAUCAAGUUUGGCUGGACCCUGUGUUAUAUGUCAGAAGUAUAAUCUGUAAAGGUGAUUGUCUAAAGUUUAGACUCUAAACAUAUGGUAUUUACAUCAAUAAGUCUGUUUUCAUGUGCAUGUCUUCUUGAAAAGUAUUAUCUUGAGACCAGGAUGGUAGCAAGUAUUUUUACUUAACUUAAAGUCUUUAGUUGGAAUUAAAGGCAUUGACCUCCAGAUUUUGGCUGAAAAGUGAUCUUCUUUAAAGUUGAAAUUUUGUCAUAUUAUGAAUAUUAGAAUAUGAGUUUUUAUGUACAAACUCUUGAAAGUGCCAACUCAAGAAAAAAACCAUCCCUUGUCAGUAAUCGAACCCGGGUCGCCACAGCAAUAAGAAUUUGCCCAUGGUCUUGACCAAUAUAUC